AUGUUUUCGCUCGUGUACAAGGCCAAAACAUUCCUGCUUUCUGUGAUCUUCGAGUCAAUAUCAACAUUCCUUGUGAUGCGGGGCUCAUACGGACGUGUGCAAAGCCUUCCAUUUGGGCUCAUCCUCAAGCUAUCUGAGCUCACCGUGCCAGAGGAAGCGAAAGUAGUUCGUUUUGUUUCUGCCCACACCUCCAUUCCUCUUCCACAUAUCGUUGCUUCUUCCACCGGGUUCUGGAAUCAUUACAUGCUCAUGAAGCGCGUCGAUGGGGAGACUCUUGAGUACGCGUGGCGAACGCUUUCGUCCGAACAACGAUCAAACGUCCUCGAGCAGCUUCGAACCAUGGUGGAGCAGCUGCGUUCCAUUCCCGCACCCCAGGAUCUCCAGAUCUCUGCGCUGGAGAACGCACCCUGCCUGGACGGCCGUGUCGCUGGUCGGAGGACAUUUGGGCCGUUCAAGACAGUCGCCGAAUUCCAUGACCACCUCCUCGAGGUCUCCAAGUACUACGAUGAACGAAACCUCGGCACCAUACGCAGCCAGAUGUCGGAUGACUGUCGCAUCGUUUUCACUCACGGAGACCUCGCGGCCAGGAAUAUUUUCGUCAAAGGAGACAAGGUCGUCGCGAUCAUCGACUGGGAGCACGCAGGCUGGUAUCCCGAGUACUGGGAAUACGUCAAGGCCAAAUACACGCAUGACAUGGACGAGGACUGGGACCAAGCGAUUCGGGACAUGAUACCAGGAGAUUACGAGAAAGAGUGGAAACUCGACAAGAACCUGUCUGACCGUAUUGUUGGGGCACUUUAA